UUUCAGGCUGCUUUAAGAUAUUGGAAAGUCAGAAGAAUAAAGGAAAGCAAUACUGCAAAAUAUUAAUUCUUUAAUCUGAAGGCUCAGUGGAGCCAUCAUGAGCGAUGUUACAAUUGUGAAAGAAGGCUGGGUUCAGAAAAGAGGGGAAUAUAUAAAAAAUUGGAGGCCAAGAUACUUCUUGUUGAAGACAGAUGGCUCCUUCAUAGGAUAUAAGGAGAAGCCUCAAGAUGUGGAUCUACCAUAUCCUCUUAACAACUUUUCAGUAGCAAAAUGCCAGCUAAUGAAAACAGAGAGACCAAAACCGAAUACAUUUAUUAUCCGAUGUCUUCAGUGGACCACUGUGAUAGAAAGAACAUUUCAUGUAGAUACUCCAGAAGAACGGGAAGAAUGGACAGAAGCCAUCCAAGCAGUAGCAGACAGGCUUCAGAGGCAAGAAGAGGAAAGAAUGAAUUGUAGCCCAACAUCCCAGAUUGAUAAUAUUGGAGAGGAAGAGAUGGAUGCCUCAACAACCCACCAUAAAAGAAAGACAAUGAAUGAUUUUGAUUACUUAAAACUACUUGGCAAAGGCACUUUUGGCAAAGUUAUUCUGGUCCGGGAGAAGGCAAGUGGGAAAUAUUAUGCUAUGAAAAUUUUAAAAAAGGAAGUUAUUAUUGCAAAGGAUGAAGUGGCUCACACACUUACAGAAAGCAGAGUAUUGAAAAACACUAGACAUCCUUUUUUAACAUCUUUGAAAUAUUCAUUCCAGACCAAGGAUCGUCUGUGUUUUGUGAUGGAGUAUGUCAAUGGAGGAGAGCUGUUUUUCCAUUUGUCGAGAGAGCGGGUGUUCUCUGAGGAUCGCACACGCUUCUAUGGUGCAGAAAUUGUGUCUGCUUUGGACUAUCUGCAUUCUGGAAAGAUUGUAUAUCGUGAUCUCAAGUUAGAAAAUCUAAUGCUGGAUAAAGAUGGACACAUAAAAAUUACAGAUUUUGGACUUUGCAAAGAAGGAAUCACAGAUGCAGCUACUAUGAAAACGUUCUGUGGUACUCCAGAAUACUUGGCUCCAGAGGUUUUGGAAGACAAUGAUUACGGUCGCGCAGUGGAUUGGUGGGGUCUUGGAGUUGUUAUGUAUGAAAUGAUGUGUGGCAGAUUGCCAUUCUACAACCAGGACCAUGAGAAACUUUUUGAACUAAUUCUAAUGGAAGAUAUAAAAUUUCCUCGAACUCUCUCAUCUGAUGCAAAAUCAUUGCUUUCAGGUCUCCUGAUAAAAGAUCCAAAUAAACGUCUUGGUGGAGGACCAGAUGAUGCUAAAGAAAUUAUGCGACACAGCUUCUUUGCUGGAAUAAAUUGGCAAGAUGUAUAUGAUAAAAAGCUUGUCCCUCCUUUUAAACCUCAAGUGACAUCUGAGACAGACACUAGAUACUUCGAUGAAGAGUUUACUGCUCAAACUAUUACAAUAACACCACCUGAAAAAUAUGAUGAAGACGGCAUGGACUGCAUGGACAAUGAGAGACGGCCACAUUUCCCUCAGUUUUCUUAUUCUGCAAGUGGACGGGAAUAACUUCCUGUUUUGUAUUCCUGCUAUACAGACAUACUCGAUUUAUCACUGAAAAUGAUUCCUGAACAUCACCACCAGUCCUUGCUAUUAUUUAGGAGAGCAGAGCACUUUCAGAAAGCAUUCCAAAUUGACCAAGUUCCUUUUCUGACGAAUCAGUUUAUUUGAUUUAUCUGCAUGAGAUUUUAUAUUGGUCUAAGUUGACCUGCUGUUACUGCUGUCUCAGCAUGAAAGUCACAGCAAAAAGCAUUCCCCAAAUAUGGUGAUAUUAGAUCGCAAAUUCUCAGUUGUGCACAGCCAGCUCUCGUUCUCUUGCCUUCACAGAGCAGAGGCUAAAGGGCAUGUUGGUCUGUGGUGCAGUCCUCCCUCCCUUUUAGAAAAAAGGCAGAUCAUAAUUCUAAAACGUGACUAAUUAGGAUGUUUCCUCAAGCCAAUCGGAGCUUGAAAGAACUAGGAAAUAUUAGGUGGUGGUGGUGUACAU